CAGCGCGCGGGGCCGGAUCCCAGCCUCUCAGCCGGCCAGUCAGCUUGGGAGCUGCGGUCUGUAGGAGAUCUGGACGCGGCGACCGAGGGGGAGGAGGGAAGAGGGACCCGGUCAUGGCUCCCUGGGGAUUCUCGUGGUCCUCAGUCCUCGCUGCUGCGGUUUUUGUGGGAGGCGCCGCGAGUUCUCCGCUGGUAGCUGACAGUGCUGCUGGUCACGCACUGAACUCCAGAACAGAGACGACACCAUCGCCCACAAACAACACUGGAAAUGGGCACCCUGAGUAUAUCGCGUAUGUUCUCGUCCCUGUGUUCUUCGUCAUGGGACUUCUUGGUGUCUUCAUCUGCCACCUGCUUAAGAAGAAAGGCUAUCGCUGUACAACAGAAGCUGAGCAAGAGGUGGAAGAGGAAAAGGUUGAGAAGAUAGAGUUAAAUGACAGUAUAAAUGAAAACAGUGACACCGUUGGGCAAAUUGUCCACUACAUCAUGAAAAAUGAAGCCAAUGCUGAUGUUUUAAAGGCAAUGGUAGCAGAUAACACCUUGUGUGAUCCGGAAAGUCCUGUGACACCCAGCACUCCAGGGAGCCCACCUCAGAGUCCUGGGCCUUUGUCGCCAGGAGCCACCCCAGGGAAGCAUGUCUGUGGCCACCACCUGCACACAGUGGGCGGUGUCAUCGAGAAGGACGUGUGCAAUCGGUGUAGGCACAAGCGCUGGCACUUCAUAAAGCCCACUACCAAGUCCAAAGAGGGCCGCCCAAGGCGCCAAGGAGAGGUCACUGUCCUCUCUGUCGGCAGGUUUAGAGUUACAAAGGUGGAGAACAAGUCAAAUCAGAAGGAGCACAGAAGUUUGAUGUCUGUCACUGGAACAGAAAGCGUCAAUGGGGAAGUGCCUGUAACACCCGUGAAGCGAGAGCGUUGUGACACAAAGUAGUAGGAGUGAUCAUCCUUUGAAGAACUCUAGGAGACUGAAAACCUCUGAGAUCUGAAGCUGCCUAGGGGAUCUUUUAAAAAUCUUUUGUACACCAUUGUAUCAUCCGCAGGCAUAUGGAUCAAAGCUGGAAGGGAGUGUUCUGUCUGUGCUAGACUGAAAACCCUGUAUGUCAAAAGAAAGAAAGGAAGGAAGAAAGAGAGAAAGAAAAAAGAAAAUUCUUAUAUCAAAAUAGCUUGGGUUUAAAGCAUCUGAUGGUAUUUACUACAUUUCCAAGGAAGGAAAGUUUUUUUUUAAUCCCUCAUCCCAUUCUCAGCUACCACCUUUCACCACACCCCCAUUCCUGUGUUGGUGUACACAACACCCCCAUUCCUGUCUUGGUGUACACACAAUUUUCCCAGUAUGCUGGCUAUGGACAGUGGAAGUAUUCCUGUGCAGUCUGAAUGGUGCUCUGCGUGUGUGCCUGUGAGCAUGUGUACGUUUCCCCCAACUCUUACCUUCCACUUUGCUACCUGCUGUAAGAUGUUCUUUGGUGUGACUGUUACAGAAGAUGAAGGUGAAUCUCCAAUGGUGAGAAGCCCGUGAAGAUCUCUCACUCUUGAGCAGAGGGAUUAAUGCCCCAGGUGGCUGUGGGGUCACAUAGAAGGAACCAGUUGCUAGGCUUUGAAUUCCCAGAUCAAGAAUUCAACAUUAACUCCCGCUAACCCCCUGUGCCAUUCCCACAUCACCUCAGAAUAUCGAGGGGCUUUUCUUUAACACACUAGGUAUUCAAAAAUUCCACUGCUCCUGGUGGGCUUUUCCUUUUAACUUGACAGAGGAGGAGAGGCAGCAUCUGUUGUACCUGCUGCUGCCGUGUGGUGCCAGGGCUGGAACCUGCUACCUCAUCCAUGGUGAAGUGUGCGUCCUAUGUGUCGAGCUAUCCCCUACCCACAAGAGGUCAUUUUUAACUUGAGCCAAGCGCUUACUGUAUAGUCAGUGAAUAAAGGGGAUGGGGAGAAAUGGUUUAAAGUCACAGGGAUGGGGGUGGGGUUCCUUGUUUUGACAACCUAAGUCCAAAACAAACCAAAAAAGCUGGUAAAAGUUGGACCUGCUUUUCCUCUGGCUUAUUUUCCUUGGCAUACUUCCUUUUUUCCACUUAGUGCUCAUAUAUCUUGCCUUUUUAAUUAAAAGAAUUAUCUGUUAAGAGUCGGGCAGUAGUGCAGCAGGUUAAGCACACAUGGUGCGAAGCUCAAGGACAGGCAUAAGGAUCCCGGUUUGAGCCCCUGGCUCCCCACCUGCAGGAGAGUCACUUCACAGGCGGUGAAGCAGGUCUGCAGGUGUCUUAUCUUUCUCUCCCCCUCUCUGUCUUCCCCAUCUCUCUCCAUUUCUUUUUGUCCUGUCCAACGACGGCAUCCAUAACAACAAUAAUAACCACAACAACAAUAAAAAAUUACAAGGGCAACAAAAGGAAAAAUAAAAGAAUUAUCUGUUAUUUAAAUUUGUGGUGGCUGUGAGUAAACGCAGGGCCUCAACACACAACACAUGCAUUCUGCCACUCCACCCCUGACCCUGUAAUGAGGAAGGCUCAUCAUUGAAAAGGUUCUUUGAGGUGUCUUUCCCUUGUAGGCCUAACAUACUCUACUUUUUUUUUUAUUAUCUUUACAAUUUAUGAAACAUCUGCUAGAAUCCAUAGGCGAAGUUAGUGGUACAUUCACGGUCAUUUUAGACAGAGGGGCGAGGAGUCCAGCUACAGGGAACUUGCCAAGACCCGUAUGUGGGGUCACGGGCAUUACUUCUGAAAGAAAAAACUUCUCAUUGCACUCCCAAAAGAUGUCUAUAAAAUGUACUCUCAAGUAUUUACUGUAUAUCUAUUCAUUCUAUGUCUGUUUCUGGCAUUGAACUAAAAACCAAACAACAACAACAACAACAAAAAAUUAACCUUUUAAAUGAAUGGUAGGAUUAAAGUUCAUGUGAACUUUUCACAAAAAAUUUUAUUUACAUGUAAACCUACAUAUACACAAGUGGACUUGAAGGAGGUCAGUUAAAAAAAAAAAAAGGAUUUUUAUUGAGGUCCAGAAACUAGCAACAUAGGAAUUUCGGGUGUGUGUGUGUGUGUGUGUGUGUGUGUGUGUGUGUGUGUGUGUACACAUUAGUGUAAAUAAUGUAUGUAUGGUCUAUAUCAAUAGUUUUAUUUUAUUUUUUAAAGUAAGCAUUAUUUUUACUUUAAAAAUACUGUGCCCUCAGAGUGGCGAGGGGUAAAUGUAAGAUAGUCUUUUCAGCUUUAAUUGUCUUUAGAGUUUAUUCAGGUUAGAGCACUUUUUCUUUUAAAUAGCAAUACAGCAGGCAAAGGAAUACUCAAAAAUAUUUAAAAUUGUAUUUAUACGAAGAGUACAUUUUAAAUAUAUUGUAAUACUUGAGCACUUUUUGUCUGGCUGGCUUUCGAAUAUGCCAAAAAGUUAAACGUUAAAUCUUUUCAACACAGAAGCUUUUUACUGGUUUAUAUGGUCUAAUGCAAAUCCUUAAGUGUUCCCAAAGCCACUGAUGUUUACAGGCCUUGUGCUUUUCUUCCUUCUCCAGAAACACUGGGAAACCACAGCAGACUUACUCUGUGCAACACUAACAACGGACGUAGCUUCCGGUCGUCACCAAUCGAGUUGGCUACCACCUUGAUGUAAAAAUUUGUAAAGGGAAAAUUUUCACCGUUUUGAGUGUCAAAAUGUAUUUUUAACUGUCUGGUUUGUACUUUUGCGACUUUUGUACUACCAAAGCAGAGUUAAAAUAAAAUAAAAAUGUUAAA